UCGUGCUGAAAUGUAGAGCUUUCCCCUUCCUCCUUUGCCUCCCCUCCACUCCUCCUCCUUCUCCGCUUCGCCUCCUCGCUCCUCCCAUCGCCCCUUUCCCCUCAUUCCCCCUCUCUUCCCUUCUCCUCUCCUCCCAUCGCCUCCGCCAUCCCAAUCCAAUUACCAUCCUCCCUCGGCUCGAAACCGCAGCGAGGGAUCGAGGAAGUUUCAUUGCGGUUUGCUUCAACUUCUUCAUUUUUUUUUCCCUUUCGGGGGUAUUUUGGGCAUCAACAUGAGCAGCGGCAAUGGCAAUGGUGUUGGGCACGCAUCGCCUCGCCGAGCUCUGUUCCGCCCUCGCGACGUCGCGUUUCGGAAGGCGCCGAUCGGGAGCUCGUUCCUGGGGAAGAGUACGUGUGCCACUCCUCUCUGCGUAGGGAAGAAGAAGGGAAGAAGAGCGGUGAAGGCGAGCAUGAGGGCGGUCUUCUGCAACCCUCGCGGCGUAGCGGCGGGCCUUUCUUCUUCAAAGCUUGCAAAAAAUUUCAAGCUGGACACGCAUUCUGAAUUGGAGGUCACUGUUCAUGAUUGCACAUCAAGUUCUCCUAUACAAAUUGAAUUUAAAGUAAGCAAUACGAAUGGUUCCUUGGUGCUACAUUGGGGUGUAAUUCAUCAGGGAAGAAAUGAUUGGUCACUUCCUUCUUGUCAUCCGGAAAGAACACAAUUAUACAAUAAUGAAGCUCUUAGGACAGGUUUCACAAAAUUGGGUUCUAUCUCUUCACUGAAACUAGAGAUUGAGGAUCCUGAAGUCCAAUUUGUUGAGUUUCUCAUACUUGAUGAGACAGCAAACAAAUGGAUAAAAAAUAAUGGUCAAAAUUUCCGAGUUCAAUUGUUGGAACAAGACUAUCUAAUUCAACAUGUUCCAAUCUCUAUAAAUCAAAAUGUUGCAGUACCAGCAGACCUUGUUCAGGUUCAAGCCUAUCUUAGGUGGGAUAGAAAGGGUAGGCAGACAUAUACACCUGAGCAAGAAAAGAUCGAGUUUGAGGAAGCAAGACGAGAGCUUCAACUUGAGUUGGAUAAAGGAACUUCUCUGGAUCAACUACGAGAAAAUCUCUUGAAGAGGGAUACAUCAAAAAAAUCUUCACAGCAACUAGAGGCAGAAAAUUAUUCCAGAAAUGAAAGAAUUCAUCGGAACAAAAUGGGCAUAACAGAAAUUUUGAAUAAAAAUGUUGCAGAAAUUCUAAAGGAAAAGACCACUCAAAUAUCCAAGGUUCCAACAGUGUUAGAACUCUGGUGUAAGUCUAUACAGGAGCAGGAGGGUGAAUUAGUUCUAAAUCAGAAAGUAUAUAAGCUGGACAAUAUGGAUCUUCGGGUACUAGCAAUUGAAUCUCUUGGCAGGAAAAAAGUUUAUUUGGCUACAGAUCAUAGUGAACCACUUAUUCUUCACUGGGGACUAUCAAGGAAAGCAGGAGAGUGGAUGAUACCCCCUUCAAGUGCAAUGCCUUCAGAUUCAGUAUUGCUAGAAAAGUCUUGUGAAACCCCUUUUACCAAGGCUCUCAUAGAAGAUCAGUUUUAUCAGGCCAUUCAAGUAGAGAUUGAUGGGGAUGACCAUAUUGGAAUGCCAUUUGUUCUUCGAUCUGAUGACAAAUGGAUAAAGAAUCAUGGUUUUGAUUUUUACUUCGAGUUGGAUAUUAGAAGUGUUGAGAGUAGCGAGGUAGUUGGUGAUGGAAAAGGCACAGCAAAAUCAUUGCUUGACAGGAUUAUAGACCUUGAGGCUGAAGCCCAGAGAUCUCUUAUGCACAGAUUUAAUAUUGCUGCUGAUCUCACAGAGGAAGCUAGAGAUGUUGGGUUACUAGGGUUUGCAGGUAUUCUUGUUUGGCUGAGAUUUAUGGCAAUGCGACAGCUCAUUUGGAACAAGAACUACAAUGUCAAGCCACGUGAGAUUAGUCAAGCUCAAGACAGGCUAACAGAUCUUCUUCAGAACAUUUACAAAGACUCUCCCCAAUAUAGAGAGAUCUUGCGGAUGAUCAUGUCUUGUAUUGGUCGGGGUGGUGAAGGUGAUUUUGGCCAACGCAUCCGAGAUGAAAUAUUAGUUAUCCAGAGAAACAAUGCCUGUGAGGGAGGAAUGGUGGAGGAAUGGCAUCAGAAGUUACAUAACAACACUAGCCCUGAUGAUGUAGUGAUAUGUCAGGCACUUAUUGAUUAUAUUAAAAGUGAUCUUGAUAUCAGUGUUUACUGGGGCACUUUGAAUAAAAAUGGAAUAACUAAGGAACGGUUACUGAGCUAUGACCAUGCUAUUCAUUCUGAACCAAGUUUCAGGGAUAACCAGAAGGAGGGUCUUUUACGUGAUCUUGGAAACUACAUGAGGACUCUGAAGGCAGUUCACUCUGGUGCAGAUCUUGAGUCUGCUAUCACAACUUGUAUGGGUUACAAGGCUGAGGGCCAAGGCUUUAUGGUUGGUGUUGAGAAAAAUCCUAUAAGGGGCUUACCGUCUGGAUUUUCUGGUCUAAUGGAAUUCAUUCUAAAACAUGUUGAAGAUAAGGUGGUGGAGCCUUUGAUUGAGGGGUUGCUGGAGGCACGAGUUCAACUGAGACCAUUGCUUCUCAAUGCCCACGAGCGCAUGAAGGAUCUUAUCUUUUUGGAUAUUGCCCUUGAUUCUACUGUCAGGACAGUUAUCGAGAGAAGUUAUGAAGAACUAAAAAAUGCUGGGCCACAGAAAAUUAUUUACCUCAUUUCCCUGAUUCUUGAGAAUCUCGCAUUGUCUACAGAUGAUAAUGAAGAUCUCAUAUAUUGCUUGAAGGGAUGGAACCAUGCAAUGGAAUUGACAAAGCAAAAGGACAAUCAAUGGGCACUAUUUUCAAAGUCAUUUCUUGACAGAACCCGACUUUCUCUAUCGAGCAAGGCAGAAUAUUACCAUCAAAUUUUGCAACCUUCAGCUGAAUAUCUUGGAUCAUUUCUUGGUGUUGAUCAAUGGGCGGUAAGCAUAUUUACAGAAGAAAUUAUUCGAGCUGGUUCAGCAGCUUCUUUAUCUACACUUGUUAAUCGAUUUGAUCCUAUUCUUCGGACAGAGGCACAUUUGGGAAGUUGGCAGGUCAUAAGCCCUGUUGAAGUUGCUGGAUAUGUUGAAGUUGUAGAUGCAUUGCUUGCAGUUCAGAAUAAAUCUUAUACACGACCAACAAUUUUGGUUGCGAAAAGUGUGAAGGGAGAGGAGGAAAUACCUGAUGGCACAGUUGCUGUUUUGACACCUGAUAUGCCUGAUGUUUUGUCUCAUGUCUCCGUGCGAGCUAGAAAUAGCAAGGUAUGCUUUGCUACAUGCUUUGAUGCCGAUAUCUUCUCUGAGUUACAACGUAAUGAAGGAAAGCUCUUUGGUCUAAAGCCCACAUCUGGUGACAUCGUAUAUAGUGAGAUGGAGAAGAGUGAGCUUGAAGAUAUGAGUACAGAUGAACAAUCAUCGUCGUCGGUAACAUUGGUUAAGAAACACUUCAGUGGCAAAUAUGCCAUAUCAGCAGAAGAAUUUACUAGUGAAAUGGUUGGAGCUAAAUCUAGAAACAUAGCAUUUCUAAAAGGAAAGGUGCCUUCUUGGGUGGGGAUCCCCACAUCGGUUGCUCUUCCAUUCGGAGUCUUUGAAAAAGUUCUUUCAAAUGAUGCAAACAAGGAAAUUGUCAGUAAGCUACAGUUCUUGAAAGAUAAGUUAGUUGGAGGAGAAUUUGAUGUGCUUAUCGACAUAAGGGAGACGAUCUUGCAACUAGAAGCUCCUAUUGAAUUGGUACAAGAGCUAAAGGAGAAAAUGCUGGCAUCAGGAAUGCCAUGGCCCGGUGAUGAAGGCGAGCAUCGGUGGGAGCUUGCUUGGAUGGCAAUAAAAAGAGUUUGGGCUUCAAAAUGGAAUGAAAGGGCAUAUUUCAGCACAAGGAAAGUGAAGUUGGAUCAUGAUUUGUUGUGUAUGGCUGUCUUGGUUCAGCAAGUCAUUAGUGCUGAUUAUGCAUUUGUCAUCCAUACUACAAACCCGUCAUCCGGCGACUCGUCUGAAAUUUACGCAGAGGUAGUCAAGGGACUCGGAGAAACUCUUGUCGGAGCCUAUCCAGGUCGCGCAUUGAGCUUCGUCUGUAAGAAGAACAAUCUCAACUCUCCGAAGGUCCUUGGUUACCCAAGCAAGCCAACUGGUCUCUUCAUCAGAAGUUCAAUUAUCUUCAGAUCUGAUUCUAAUGGAGAAGACUUAGAAGGUUAUGCAGGAGCUGGUCUCUAUGACAGUGUGCCGAUGGAUGAGGAAGAGAAAGUGAUACUGGACUAUGUAGCUGAUCCAUUAGUAAUGGAUAAGAACUUUCGAAAUUCACUGCUUUCGAGUAUCGCACAGGCAGGUCAUGCCAUUGAGGAGCUCUAUGGAUCGCCGCAGGACAUUGAAGGUGUCGUCAAGGAUGGGGAGAUCUUCGUUGUCCAGACAAGACCACAGAUGUGAUUCUUUUAGUCCCCCAAACAAAGUUAACUAGUAGAUUAUGAUUCUAUUUCUCAAAUUGUACACCAUAAUUUUGAGUUUGAAAGGUCUCAUUUUUGUUGCCGAGAGUUCAUGGACUGUAUCCUAAGAAUUGGCACUGAGAAUUAAUAAAGAAUAUUUAUUCA